AUGGGGAAGCUAGAUACCUUCCUUCGCAAAGAAGUUCGCAAGACUCGGGUUAAACCUCCUCGGGAGGACCCAAGACGCACUCCGACACCUCCCCCAUUUACGUCUAUUACAGAUCGGCGAGAAUCCGAGAAUCGAUUAUCUAUCAACAAUGACAAUGCUUUGUUUUCCGGACUACAGGCCCGUGACGAGGUUGACAGUGUAUUCGGGGAGCAUGUCCCUACGAAGGAAGAGAUCCAACAGGCAAAGUUGGAACGUUUUCUAGCUCAGAACCCGCCAACUAUCCAAGAAAAGCCCGCAUUUGUAUCACGGCAGCAGAAGGAUAUUGAUGCUAAAAUCGAAUUUCUCAAGGAUGAGCUGAAGGCAUUAACCACUCUUGCGAAUGAGUCAAACAUGCAAGAAAGAAGCCUUAUCCAGCGCCAACGCAAGGCAUUACAACAAGAAAUCAGAUAUCUCGAGGUGGAGGCACGGGUGGGAAAGCUGGGCGAGCAGAACAGAACUAUGAGGGCCGAACUAAAGGAAGAACUUGAACGGCUACCGGAGCCGCUCUCAGCAGCGGAGAAGAGACAAAUAGAGCGGAUGAAGGCAAGAAGGGAGAAAGAAAGGCUGGAAGCAGGCAAACCCAAACCGAAGCCAAAGCGCAAGAAGAGCGAAUAUAACUCAGAUGACGACCUUGACGGAGAGGAGCGCCUGCGAUAUGGGAAGAGCCUUAAAAAGAAGCCAGUGGAGGUGACGGGCCGUUGGAACUCAGUUAUACACGACUAUUUCCCUGGAGGGGACGCAGAAUCCGAAGAGAUUGCGAAUAUGUCGGGGGCGGAGAAGGCCCUGUAUAGGAGGGAGUUGGCGGAGUUGGGGGAGCAGUUGGCACUGGCGGAGCGGAGGAAGAGGAGAGGGGUUAGAUAUUGA